GGUUUCUCUUUGAACUUCCUCGGUUUGUAGAUUUGCAGACAAGAAAGUUUCAAAGAGAUUGCAACUCGUUUUGGGUUUGGUGGUGGCGGUCCAGAGAACUCAGCUGUAAAAGUUCUAUACAUAGAGAAAGAAAGGAAUUAGGGGGGGGAGAGAGAAAAAGGGUUUAUGAGUGGUUCAAAGAUGGAGGGGUCAUCGACCCCGUCGGUUUGGAGAGACCCAUAUGAGGUAUUGUCUGUGUCUAGGGAUUCUUCUGAUCAGGAGAUUAAAACUGCUUAUAGAAAGCUUGCUCUCAAAUAUCAUCCUGAUAAGAAUGCUAGCAAUCCUGAAGCUUCCGAACUUUUCAAGGAGGUUGCAUAUUCUUAUAGCAUUUUAUCAGAUCCGGAGAAAAGACGGCAAUAUGAUACUGUUGGGUUUGAGGUAGUCUCCUUCCUUCUCUAG